CACUAUUUCAGUCGGAUUCCAGCGGUUGUCCAGGCUGGAGUAUCGACGUCGAUGCUGAGUUUGCGUCAUUGGCGUCGACCAAGUACCACGUCUUUGUCAUCCUGUGUUGAAUGUCGAUACUUCAAGGCCAUUUGGGGGAAUACUGCUAAUCUUAUGUCAUGAUUAAAUAAUAUAUUGACACCUGAUUGAUAGCGGUGAAAAAAAGAAGUGUUACAGAUAUGUCCCCAGUUUAUGCUUGAUAUUAAGUGAAGAAGAUAAUGACAAUGAUUGACAAAAGCAAGAAAUUAUCACGUUGGUAUUUUGGCGGCGUUUCUUCCGCAGCUGCUGCAUGUGUGACCCAUCCAUUAGACCUACUCAAGGUUCACCUACAAACUCAGCAGGAAGGGAAAAUAUCGAUAUUACGUUCGACAGUAGGAAUAAUUAAACAACAAGGGAUAUUAGCUUUGUACAAUGGACUCAGUGCUUCCUUGCUUCGCCAGCUUACAUAUUCUACAAUCAGAUUUGGAGCGUACGAGGUCGGCAAACAGACGCUUGAAACACCUGGCCAUCCAUUACCCUUCUAUCAAAAGCUACUAUUGGCAGGAGUUUCCGGUGCUACAGGUGGCGUUUUCGGGACCCCCGGCGAUGUAAUCAAUGUACGCAUGCAGAACGAUAUCAAGUUGGCGCCGGAACUAAGAAGAAACUAUAAGCACGCUUUGGACGGGCUGUUGCGUGUAAUCCAACAGGAAGGAAUUCAUAAGUUAUUUAGCGGAUGCUCCACCGCGACCAUGAGAGCAUCGUUGAUGACUAUCGGGCAAUUGAGCUUCUAUGACCAAAUAAAAAUAACGUUGUUACAGAGCGGCUAUUUUAAGGAUAAUCCUACAACGCACGUCUUAUCUAGUGUAUCUGCUGGCGCUAUCGCAACUACGCUUACACAACCUUUAGAUGUUCUGAAAACGCGAGCAAUGAAUGCUAAACCCGGUGAAUUUAAAAGUCUGAUGGAGAUCUUCCUGUAUACUGCCAAACUUGGACCAUUCGCUUUCUUCAAAGGCUAUGUACCUGCAUUUAUCCGGUUAGCGCCGCAAACUAUCCUCACAUUUGUAUUUCUUGAACAACUUAGAUCGAAUUUUGGGUUCUAUCCGCAAUCUGUGAAACAGUCGUUAUAAACCUGAAACCGGCCGUGGAACUUAAAUCCUUUAGAGCACAAAUUUACUGAGAAUAUCGUAACAGAUUCAUUACAUGGUAAAUCAUACAGGGUACAAAUUGAUAAGAAUGCUAAAAACUUUAUUACGAACGUGAACAAAUGUCCAUAGUUUAUGUUACGUAAGCUACUCGUCAGAAACCUGAUGUGAAGGAUGAAGGGUGUGACACUACUCGAAAGCCAAAUCAAGCAUUUCUCCGUAGCGCGGAUAGCUAAAAUAUCAAACGUACGCUACUUAAACAUAAAUAAUUAUGAAUUGUUUGCGGAUGAUUUAAAAUCUAUUAUAUAACAGUGCCAAGAAUCUAUAGUUAUAUAACAUAUAGAAUAUUAAUAGUACUUAUUGUGCUUACAUGCAGAGAAACGUUCUAAUUUCGACAAACGCGAAUCAUGUUCCAAUCGAUGCAUUCCCUAUAGAAAUGUGAUAUAUGCAUGUCCUGAGACAUAUAAUUGUACAAAUCUGUAUCUAUAUGU